UAUGAUAAUUGUACUGAUUAUGCAGUACGCUUGGUGGAUGGAGCAACUACAAUGGAAGGAAAAGCUCAAAUAUGUAUUAAUAGGGUCUGGGGUGCAUUUUGUUAUAGAGAAAAUUACUACUCUUAUGGUGUGGAUGCUACCAUAAUUUGUAGGGAGCUUGGCUACAAUAAUGGUAAUGGAGUAACAUAUCUUGCUGAGUCUCCUAGUGUAGAUAUUUUGCUGAUAGCUGAUAUGAGUUGCUCUCAAUCUGCUACUAGUAUUAAGCAAUGCAGUCUAACACAUUACACUAAGUUAUCUUAUUGUGAUGCUAGACACACUGCAGCAGUUAGAUGCCACAAUUGUACUGAAGGUAGCAUAAGACUGAUACCUUACAAUUCUUACUCUGAAGAUAUUGGACGUGUUGAAGUUUGUGUUGAUGGUACUUGGGGUAGUAUAUGCUAUCAUUAUUUUACUGACAAUGAUGCUCAAGUUGUCUGCAGACAUUUAGGAUACACUGCAUUAGGGUCAGUUUCCAUGGGAGGACUCCAUUAUGAUGAUAACAUACCCCUUCAUAUUGUUAAUCUUAAUUGUACUGGUAAUGAAGAGAGUAUAUGGGAUUGCCCCUCAAGUACACAAGGACAGGGAUCCUGCACUGUAUACACUGAUGUAUCAGUUGCCUGUCAUGGUUUUUCCGUGGAGUAUUCUGAUUGUGCUAAUGGUCAGAUACGCUUAUCAAAUGGAACAAGCAAAAUGGAAGGAAGAGUUGAAUUAUGUUACAAUCAUGUUUGGUUUGGAAUAUGUGCUGAUGGUUAUAAUGAUUAUUAUGAUACUGGAACUAUUUGUAACUCAACGGGUCAUUCAAAAAGUGCUACAGGAUAUUCAAACUCAUUCCUGGAUUUACCAAAUCUUCCUUUAUUUCCCUAUGAGUUUUACUGCUCUAGCAUCAUGGGCUCUCUGUUGAAAUGUUCAAAAGGAGUAUUAAAUUGUUAUAGUAACACUUAUUCAUACAGUCAUAAAUAUUUAGGAGUAACUUGUCAAGAGUGUGUUCAUGGUGACAUUAAGCUCACAGGUUCAGGAUAUAGCUCUAUUGGUGUAAUUAAUGUAUGUGUGAAUAAUGUUUGGGGGACUGUCUGUAAUACUGGCUUUGAUAAUGCUGAUGCUAGUGUAGUUUGUGCUCAAUUAGGAUUCUCACGUUAUGGUAAAUAUUGCUUUAUAUGUGUUUUAAGUAGAUCUACUGUCCGUACUGGCAGGUGUUUUGCAUUCUCUGGAUUAUUAUUACUAUUAUUAUAA